AUGGAGGUGGAGGAGGAGGAAAGACGCUCUCCACACGAUCAUGUGGAUCGGUGUGUUCCCGAGAGCUUCUUUGAUCGCGUAACGCAAGGGUUACGCGACGAUCUCGAGCAUCAGCGGAAUAGGCGUCUCCAAAUGGCGGACACUGCCUCGAAGCAUCGAGCUGAGUUUGCCUUUGCUCAGCUUGAGAACGAGAGAUCUCUGACAUCUCUUCGUGACGAGCUAAGGGUAGCUCGUGGGAUUGUUGAUCGGUCUCGGGCUGAGAUAACUGCUCUUCAGACCCUUGUUGAUGCCCACCAUCGGGAGCACAAGGCUCUCUGCGAGAUGCUUGAGCGCAAGGGCGUUCUUCAUCGGAAGAAGCAGCGUACUGAUGGUACGGCUUAA